AUGUUCGUGGAUGAUACGGCUGCCGCGGACGAGGAGAUGGAGCGACAUGUACAGCGCUUAUACCGGCGGAAACUUGCUGCGGGCGCCCGGCAAGAGGACUUGGACAAGCACUUCUCCUUCCCGCAGCCGGUAGCGGCGAGCAAGCGUCUCUCGCCCCGGCAGGCAGAGGUAAUUUAUGGCAAUCACUUGUGCCCAUACGAGAUGCAAGAGAUGAAGGAGUAUGAAAACAUAUACUACCUCGGCUCGUUUGCGCGGCACAAGCACUAUGCCGUGCCGACCAAGCCGGAGCGGAAUUAUGGCUACGACGACGAGCGAGGCGACUACAUUGUCAAUAUUCGCGACCAUUUGGCAUACCGCUAUGAGAUCAUCAAGCUGCUUGGCCGCGGAAGCUUUGGGCAGGUCCUUCAGUGCCGCGACCACAAAACGGGCAGAUAUGUGGCGAUCAAGUUGAUCCGCAACAAGCGGCGCUUCCACCACCAGGCGGUCGUAGAGGUGAAGAUUAUGAAGCACCUCACAGAGGCUGAUUCAGAUGGCCGGCAUCACGUCGUGCACAUGUCGGACUCGUUCACAUUCCGGCACCACCUGUGUGUGACGAUGGAGUUGUUGAGCAUCAACCUGUACGAGUUGAUCAAAGCGAACAACUUUGAGGGCUUUUCCACGACGCUGAUCCGUCGUUUUGCGUAUCAGACACUGACGUGCCUCUCGCUCAUGUGGCAAGCGCGUAUUGUGCACUGCGAUCUCAAGCCGGAAAACAUCUUGCUCGUGCAUCCACGGCACAGUGAGAUCCGCGUGAUCGACUUUGGCUCGAGUUGUUUCGAGGACGAAAAGGUGUACACCCGCUUUUACCGCUCGCCCGAGGUGAUCCUUGGUGUCGACUACCACAUGGCGAUUGAUAUGUGGAGCUUGGGCUGCAUCCUCGUCGAGCUGCACACGGGCUACCCGAUCUUCCCCGGCGAGAACGAGCAGGAUCAACUGGCGUGCAUGAUGGAAGUGCUGGGCGUGCCGGAUCGCGGCCUUCUCGAGCGCAGCACGCGGUGCAAGCUGUUUUUCGACAGCACGGGUGCGCCACGCCCCGUCGUCACGUCGCGUGGACAAAAACGGCGGCCCAACUCUAAGUCGUUGAUCAGCGCGGUGCGCUCAAACGACGAGUUGUUCCUCGAUUUUGUCGCGCGGUGCCUUACAUGGGACCCGGAACGCCGCUUACAGCCCGAGGCCGCGCUUCGACACCCUUGGUUCUUGCAGCGCGCCGAGCUAGGUGGUGCCCCGCCGCGGGUGCCCUCGACGCGCCGCGUGCCACGGAGCGAUGCGCCACGGAGCGAUGGCUCGCUUCUGCCACGCGCUACCCCUGCCGGGAUGACCGUUCGUAGCAACGAGGGAUCGACACGGUAG